CCCAUCACCAUUGUUGCUCACCAAGUACAAGUAUAUGCCAUGAAAAGCUGCUAAAAUGCCGGCCAGCGAUGUCUGUCUUUCUCUGUCUCUCCACGUGCUGCUCGUCAGCAAAUCAUGUGCUCUGCUCCCCCCAUUUCUCAUCAGAGACUCAAAAGUCGACCCACUUUCCACCUCCUCUUGAUUUGAACACUUUUUUCUUUUCUCCUCCACUUCCCUUUCACACUCACACUCACACUCCAAUCACUCCAUAUUCAUUGCAAUCUUACAAAAAGCUCCAACAUGUACACCAGAAUCUAUUUCUCUUCUCUUUCCACCUGAAUCUUUAUAUAUAUUCUACAUGUAGCACUCGCUCAUGGGCUGCUUUCAGUCCAAAACCGCCCACCUCACCUCCCCAGAUCAAGACCCUCCUCUCCCUCUCUCCACUGCAGAUCCAGGUAACUUUUUCCCAUUUCCCAUUUUGCUCACUUUUUGGCUACUUCUUCAUUUUUGGGUGUUUCUUGUGGAAGCUAAUAAUGGGGAGGAGUUGGAGCAAAGCGACGCCGUUCCGGGCUUCAAGGAGUUCGGGCUGGCGGAGCUCCGAGCGGCGACCAAUGGGUUCAGCAGCGAACUCAUAGUUUCGGAGAGCGGAGAGAGGGCGCCCAAUGUGGUGUACAAAGGGAAGCUUCGCAACAAUCGCUUGGUGGCCAUCAAGCGCUUCUCCAAGCUGUCCUGGCCAGACCCACGCCAGUUUGUCACGGAAGCUUCUGGGGUUGGCAAGAUUCGGCAUAGGAGACUGGUGAAUUUAAUUGGGUGUUGCGCUGAGGGAGAUGAGCGGCUAUUGUUGGCGGAGUUCAUGCCUAAUGAUACACUCUCCAAGCAUCUCUUUCACUGGGAGAAACAGCCUUUGCCUUGGGAAAUGCGUGUGAGAGUUGCAUACUAUAUUGCUCAAGCACUUGAUCAUUGCAAUACAGAAAACCGAAAAAUCUAUCAUGAUCUAAAUGCAUAUAGAGUUCUCUUUGAUGAGGAUGGUGACCCUCGAUUAUCUAGUUUUGGUCUUAUGAAGAAUAGCCGAGAUGGAAAAAGCUAUAGCACUAACUUGGCUUAUACUCCACCAGAGUUUUUGCGGACAGGCAGGGUCAUCCCAGAGAGUGUGGUCUACAGUUAUGGAACUGUUUUGCUGGAUCUUUUGAGUGGAAAGCAUAUCCCUCCAAGCCAUGCAUUGGAUUUGAUAAGGGGAAAAAAUUUGUUGUUAUUGCUGGAUUCAUCCUUGGAAGGACAAUAUACCCAAGAAGAUGCGACAGAGUUGGUUGAGCUGGCCUCAAAGUGUCUUCAAUAUGAGGCUAAAGAUCGACCUGAUGUCAAGUUUCUUCUUUCGGCAGUAGCACCCCUCCAAAAGCAGAAAGAGGUUGCAUCACAUGUUCUAAUGGGUCUAGCAAAAACGCCAGUGGCAUUGCCAACCAUACUUUCCCCUCUGGGAAAGGCUUGUGCAAGGAUGGAUCUUACUGCAGUGCAUGAUAUAUUGCUUAAAACAGGUUAUAGAGAUGAAGAGGGUGCAGAAAAUGAGCUGUCAUUCCAAGAGUGGACACAACAAGUGCAAGAUAUGUUGAACACAAAGAAAUUCGGGGAUAUUUCAUUUAGAGACAAGGAUUUCAAAAAUGCUAUCGAAUAUUACUCAAAGUUAGUUUCUAUGAUGUCGGUUCCAUCGGGUACCGUCGUUGUGAGGCGAGCCCUCGCGUACUUGAUGAUUGGCGAACCGGAGCUUGCCCUGAGAGAUGCCAUGCAAGCUCAGGUGUGCUUGCCGGAGUGGUCCACUGCCUUCUACAUGCAAGCUCUUGCCCUCUCAAAGCUUGGAAUGGAAACUGAUGCCCAGGACAUGCUUAAUGAUGGAGCCUCCUUUGAAGCCAAGAAGCAAAACAGCUGGCGCAGUUGAGGUUCUCAGCUAAUUAUGGUGGAAAUCCAUUUCUCUCAACAUUUCUUUCAACUUUUACCCUGGUUUUUUCAUGGGAACUAAUUUGCUCUUUGGUGAGAGGGUUAUUUUGAGUUGGCACCCACCAUUCUCCACUUGAUUAGUUUCACACAGAAAUGUACAAAACAUUCCUAGUUUCAAUAAUCUAAGCUGAUAUUUAGAUUUA